UCCGGUUUAAAAAAAUAAAUAAACAAAAGUUGGCGGUAAAGAUGGAGGCCGUGCAACCCGACAAAAUCUCCUCAGAAGAUCCCAGUACUGAAUAUAGGAUUCAGGUCCGGUCCAAGAAACAGGUGCAAGAGCAGAUAGAGCGAUAUAAAGAGCUUUUAAAGACAGUUUUAGACGGACAGACGGAGUUAGCAGCGGAUACGAAGAGGGAACUUCUUGGAGAAUUGCUGGCGAACUUUGAAGCAGCAGUUCAGGAGAAUGUUUUGGUGAAUGGUCAAACUUGGAGUGAUGCUCCCGACGACGAAGAGGAGGUUGACCUGGAGAGCCAGUUGGACGAUGUUAUUGUAGAGACUAGCAGAAAACGGCGAACUUACCCCAGAAAGAUCUUACCCCACGUGGUUCAUGCUCUGAAGGCUGAACGCAAAAUAAUGGGUCUUUAUGAAAAGACAAUACAACCACAAGACAUGCCCAAGGAUACAGAACAAGAGAGUAUUAUGAAAAUGCUGUCGGCAGAGGCUCCUGGAUUGGCAAAACAAGCUACUCAAGUCAUAAAGUCCAUCCAGACCCUACAGAAACAAGCUGAGGGCCUGUGUCAGAUCCUCAACUCAAAGCCAAGUGCGGCAUCUUUAGAAAUACACAGAGAAGUUUUUGGAAACUGUGAUGAAUCAGAUGCUUUUGGCCCACCCUUUAAACACCAGGAGCCAAUUAGGAGGCUUGCAAAGGAGAUGUCUGCUGCAAACUGCUACAUACCACUGGAUAAGAAAUACGGAUGUAAUGCAGCAGAAUAAACUACACAAACUGCAAAAAGGAUAUUAAGACAAGCCUGGAUUAAAACAUUUUAUGGGCAAUAGUUUUUGUAACACAACCUUAAUCUGGACUUUAUUUUUUAAUGUACACUUAAAAAUUGUUGUCAUAUUUUAAAUACAAGCAUUUGUGCCGA